AUGCCGAUCGCAAAUUCCGUUGUGGCCUUCAGCCUUGCUCCCGCUCUAGCCUCACCGACUCAGCGCUUCAACCCGCGACUCGCAACCUCUUCCUUUACUUCCCCCCAGUUACAGCGCAGUCCCGAUCGCGCCCGGUCCACGCAAAGAAGAGCAGUGCUGGUAACAAUCCAGAUGGCGGUUGAUCUCGCCGUAAUGGUGAAUGGCGUGCCAGGUAACAUGGCCGCUGCUACUGCGGAGGAAGUCGUACGUCGCGGCUUGGUUUUGGCGGACGAAGCGUUAACGGGUCCCGGCGUUGCAAACUCGCAUUUCGAGGCUGGCGGUUCAAAGGUAUCAUUAUCGACUCCCGAAGAUCAUACUGCGUGUCUCAAGAGGAUGAAAGACAAAUAUCCUCGCCUUAUUGUGGUGGAUUACACCCAUCCCUCCGCCGCUAAUCCAAACGUAGAAAACUACGCAAAGGCGGGCUUGAGUUUUGUUAUCGGUACUACAGGUGGCAAUGUAGACGAUAUGAAGAAAGCUGUGGACAAGUCUAGCGACGUUUACGCUGUGAUUGCACCCAAUAUGGGGAAACAGAUAGUCGCCUUCCAGGCCAUGAUGGAUAUGAUGGCCAACGAGUUCCCAGGUGCCUUCAAAGGUUACAAGAUAACGGUUAAAGAAUCUCACCAAGCAACAAAGGCCGAUACCUCUGGCACUGCAAAAGCUGUCGUUAAUUCAUUCUCCCGCUUGGGGUUGGAUUUCGAUGUAGAAGAUAUUGAAAAAGUACGGGAGGCGUCCCGAUCCAUGCGCGAGAUGCAGGUUCCUGAGGAGUAUAUCACAGCUGGCCAUGCAUUUCACACCUACCACUUGACCAGCCCAGAUGGUUCCGUCAAUUUCGAAUUUCAGCAUAACGUUUGCGGACGGGGAGUGUACGCGGCCGGAACUGUAGAUGCCGUUCAGUUCUUGGACAAGCAAAAAGAGAAGGGAGAUUCAACCCGUCUCUUCAACAUGAUUGAUAUUCUCAGGAUUGGCGGAAUGUCGUAA